UAUGAUAAAAGUACGAAACGUCGAAACUUGCUUCGUUGAGUUUGUUCACUGACUGGUUAGUGGUUAGUAAUAAUUUGCCAAAUAUUUGGCAAUUAAAGUGAUGAAGUCAAAAACUGCCAAAUUAUUAACACAUACUACAAAGUAAUAUCUAUUUUUUAAAUAAUUGUUUUGUACGAUCGCGUAGUAUAAAGAUGUCUUCAAAAGCUGAAAAGGACAAGCAGAAACAAAUACAGGAUAGAUGUCUGUCAUUGCUGAACCAAAUGUUGAAAGAUGACGAUAACAAGUACUGUGUGGACUGUGAUUCAAAAGGACCAAGAUGGGCUUCGUGGAAUUUGGGAAUAUUCCUGUGCAUAAGAUGUGCCGGUAUUCAUCGUAAUCUAGGGGUACACAUAAGCAAAGUAAGGUCUGUGAAUUUGGAUUCUUGGACUCCUGAACAAGUGGUGAAUUUGCAACAAAUGGGAAAUAGUCGAGCUAGAGCUGUUUAUGAAGCAAACCUACCGGAUAAUUUUAGACGCCCACAAACUGAUUCUGCAUUAGAGGCAUUCAUUCGUUCAAAGUACGAACACAAAAAGUACAUUGCCAAGGAAUGGGUGCAGCCUCCAUUACCUAAAGUAAAUUGGGAUAAAGAUUUAGAAGAAGAAGCUGAAAAACAGAAGAAGAAAAAACGAGAACCAAAACCUGGAUCAAUCAUGCGCAGUGUGCCUUCAAUUGUGCCAAAUCCAUUACCUAAACCUAUUUCUUUAAGCCCAAAAUUAUCAUCAAACAAGAAACCAAUUUCAACUGAUUCAAAUCAUUCCACUGAUCUUCUCGGUUUGGAUACUCCCACAAAAGAUUCAAACCCUACAUUGAUAGAUACGUCCUUCACAUCUUCCAGUUCAGAUUCAACAGAUCCGUUCAGUAGUUUUUUAAGUGCAUCUGUUUCUUCUACCACAACCGCUUCUCCCCAAAUUCAACAAGCUAUUGAUCCAAUGGUUGGCCGUUCUACUGAAGAGGAAAACUUUUUCAAUCAACCAACGGCUACAAAAAAUAAACUCACUACCGAUUCUAUUCUGGCAUUAUAUGGAAAAACAUCAUCCCCAAAUAACACAGCCGCUAGCCAGUACACAAGUCAAAAUAACGGUUUCGUUCCUCCUCAGCCACAACAACCAUUUUUCAAUGCUUUCAAUAACAAUGGAUUUCAAAAUAUGCAAUCCAUCAAUAAUCUUGGGAAUUCUAUCAAUUUGCUAUCCAAUAACUCUAAUGAUUUUAGCAAUCUCCAGUCAUCAACAAAUUCAAGUUUUGCUUCAAAUCCAUUUUACAGUAUGGCUGCAAAAAAUGCACCAACUCAAUUUAACAAUCAUGAGAGCCCUGUAGUAAAGAAUAAUCAGUUUCCAGCAUUUGAUUCUCAAAAGGAUUUAGUUCAUGUGAGUAAAUUUACUUUGCCUCAACAAAUGACCAUGCUGAAUUUGGGGCAUCCAACUACAGCUCCAUCAACUGUCAACGGCUUUACAGACCUUUCUAAUGGAUUUACUGACCUCUCUAACGGCUUUACAGACCUCUCCAACGGCUUUACAGACCUUACCAAUGGCUUUACAGACCUUGCGAAACAAUCACAAACUGGCCAAACGCUUUCACCUAAUUUAUGGCAGUAGUUACUGCUUGUUGGUUGUUCACAAUCGUUUUGUUAUUCAAACGUUUUAAAUUUAAUACAAGUUAAAUUAAAAUACAUUUUCAUUGGCAAAAUGUAUUUUUAAUUGUAAUUUGUAAAUUAUGAGACGGUACGUUUACAUUUUUUGCGUAUUUAUAACGCUCUGCUUUACCUAUAUAUUCACGGAACCGUCCAAUAAAUGGAGCUCGGCAUGUAAAUAAACGUAUCAAAGUAAACCAUGCAUCUUCAAUGUCUAAAAUAUCUAUCGCUCUAUUUAAAAUAAACAAAUUUACGAUUACUCUUUUAUGAUAAUUGAUUGGUUUACAAAUCUAUAAAAUUGUAAUUCAAUGAACUGCACUAUAAUUGUACUCUUGUACAAAAUAUUCAUAAAAGCAUCAUACUAUCGUGAACCUCUUUUAUGCUGUGUGUCAACGACAAAGACAUUACAAAUAUUUAUUAUAA